ACUGACUCAAAUUUUGGCGGAAUGCGAAAUUGAUCGGUAGAUUUUGAAUUCGAAAAUCCGAUAUAAUUCCAACGACUUCCCUAUAUAAUUUUGCAUUUUUAUUUCAAAAAGAAAUCGUUUCUAUAGUUUCGUGGGAUUGACUUCAAAUAAGUAGAUAUUGAUCAAACUUCUGAAUGAUAAACAAUUUAUCCAAUUAAAAAUCCUUCAAGAAUCCAUUAUGUCCACUACAGAUAAUUUUUCAGAUAUAUCGGAAUGCCGACCCACUAGUACUAAUGACUAUAAAGAAACUUUGAUGUCGAAGUAUAAAAUUCCGAUUAUGCAUUUUGAAUUUGAGUAUAUUGAAAAGUGCAUGGAUGGCAGAGAAUUAGAAAAAAUCUUGAAGGUACUGAGAUCAGGAGAAGAAGGAUAUUACCCUGAUCUGGUGAAAACUACUGAACAGAGACUGAGUAUCCUGCGACCCAAGAGUAAAUUGCUUAGAAAAAUUGCUCCCAUCAUAGACAAAAAGGAUUUGAACAGAGAUGAGUUGGAGGAAAUAUCAAAAGAUUUAGAGAGUUUUGUGGUGAAUGUAUCAAAAAACGAUGAGGAACUUUUGAGUCGAAAAGCUAAUGUGAAAUAUAAUGAAGUGAAUAUUAGGUGUACCAUAGAUGCACCAGAUAGUAAGCAAAUUGUUAAAACUAAUGAAAAGAGUAUAAAAUCCACAGACUAUGGAGCCUGGGACAAAUAUGAUCCAGAUACAGAAUUGCUAAAAAUGGAGUUGAAAGAAGAAAGGGAGAGAAAACAAUUUUUAGAAAACAGAAGAAGUUCCAUACCAAAGAAAUCUGUAAGUUUCAAUAAAUUUGCUACUGAAGCUGAGGCUAAUUUCAUCUCAGAUAGGGAACGAGAAAGAGGAAAUGAGUAUUUCAAGUCUGGAAACUAUGAAGAAGCUUUACAGUGCUAUACAAAUUCCAUCCAAACUAAAGCAAAUGUCGACAAUCUAAAUAACAGAGCAGUUACUUUUCUGAAAUUAGAAAAGUAUCAAGACACUCUCAAUGACUGCAAUAAAGUCCUUAGUUUGGAAAAAGACAAUUUGAAAGCACUUCUGAGAAAAGCACAGGCUCUGGAAAAGAUGCUGAACUUCAAAGAAGCCUUGGAGUGUGCAGAAACUAUCAUAAAAAAUGAUCCUAAUAACACUAAGGCUCAGGAAUUAGCAAGUAGAGUUAGAGAGAAUUGUUAUAGACAGGUUAAUAAUACAAGGAUGAAGAUUGUAGAAUUAGAUUAAGUACCAUUAUG